ACAGUCCCCUCCCCCACUUUUACCAUUCCCAGUCCACCAAAACAUGCCAAACCUCUCUCUCUCUCUCUCUCUCCUCUCUCUCUCUCUCUCUCUCUCUCGGGACAACAGUGGAUGCCGCUAGCUGAGGGAGCAAAGUUUACCGGCCACAACCGGUAAAACAAACCCUUUAUUCACCGGAACGAAAAGUGACCCGAGUUUAGGGCACAAGAAGAGAGAGAGAGAAUGGAAAUGAAAAAAGUAGUACUCCAGUAAAGACCCACUUCCUCUCUGUCUCUCUCCUCAAAUUUUUUUUUUUUGCAGGCUUAGGGUAAUUCAUGUCCACACCCUCCUCUCCCUCUUAUCAUCAAUCAAUCCCCCCUUAGGAUAAACUUCUUUAUUUAAUUCCCAACUUACUUUUAUAUAUUAGUUUCCCUUUACCUAUAUAUGUAGAUGUGUGUGUUUAUAUGGAGUAGUUAAUUAGAGUAUGCAUAAAUUUCGAGCUUAUAUCGGCGGCGACGGCGGUGGGUUUCCGAUUUGUUGAGAGUUUCUACGGAUGUAGAUCUUUAGUGUAACGAAGAGGGAAAGAGAAAGUCAGAGAGAGGGGGAAGAUGGAAUUUGAAGAGAACGAAGAGGAGCAAGAGGAGGAGCAGCCAAAUUACGAGACGCCGCCGCCGCCGCAACAGCUGGGAAGAGCUCCGUCUAGGAAAGGCGGCGGCGGAGGAGGAGGAGGAGGAGGGAGCUACAGGUACAGGGAGUGCCAGAAGAACCACGCGGUGGGGAUCGGCGGGCACGCGGUGGACGGGUGCGGCGAGUUCAUGCCUUCGGGCGACGAGGGCUCCCUCGACGCCCUAAUCUGCGCCGCGUGCACCUGCCACCGCAACUUCCACCGCAAGGACCCCGAAGGCGGACAACCCUUCCUCCAUCCACACCACCACUCACACGGCAACAACCAGCAGCUGCAACAGCAACAAACGCAAUUGUCCCCUUUCUACCGCGCCGGGUCGACCCACCCGGCGGGUUACCUGCACCACGUGGCUCCCACGCCUCCUCCGCAGGCGAUGCACCAUCGGCCGCUGGCGCUGCCCUCGAUAUCGAGGGACGAGGAGGACGUGUCGAAUCCCAGUAGUAGCGGCGGAGGCGGAGGGGGAGGAGGGGGGAGCUCGAGGAAGCGGUUUCGGACGCGGUUUACGCAGGAGCAGAAGGAUAAGAUGCUGGAGUUUGCGGGGAGGGUGGGGUGGAGGAUCCAGAAGCAGGACGAGGCUGCGGUGGAGCACUUCUGUGGGGAAAUUGGGGUGAGGAGACAGGUGCUCAAGGUUUGGAUGCACAACAACAAACACACCCUCGGUAAAAAACCCUAAUCUUGUUAGUACUAGUAAUAAUUAAUUUCUUUUCUGAAUUAAAUUCGAUCUCCUCACAAAAGACAAGGGAGAGAAUGGAUUUGAUGGUGUUGUGAGGUGACUGGUGAAUUGAAAUGUGGGUGUUGCGGGGGGGUCGGGAAUGGGGAUUUAAUGGGGAUUUGGGCUACUGUUUAUUGAUUAGGGUUUUUCUUUUCUUUUUUUUUUUCUUUUUUUUUUUUUUCUUUUUUUGAUUAGCUAGCUAGCUAGUCUUGUUGUUGCGACUUGUGAUCUACUGAUCUCUCUCCCUCUCUCUGCUGAAUUAAUUCCGGUUUGACAUAUUAUUUAGUAAUUUAUGUUUGUAGUGUUGAAUUAAGAAUUAAUCAUGAUCAUGUGUGUAUCAAACUAGUAGGAGACUAGCUAGGAGUGCUAAUUAAGCAAUUUGUUAAUUAAUCAUGAUCAUUGAACCGCAAGUAAUGUUCUUUGUACACUGAAAA